GUGGACGGCUACGUGCGCGGCUACAAGCGACGGUUUUGGCAGGGCAGCACCGACCAUCGUGGUGUGCCGGGUGCGCCUGGGCGAGUGGUCACAUUGAUCAAGGUGGAGGAGGUCCACGAGCAAACGAAGGAGAUCAUCACCUGGGGCGUGGCUUACUACAUCGGCAGGGACCAGGUCGACGAAGUGCUCUCCUACCUUGACUACAGAGAGAAGGGCGGUUACACUCGCGAGCUCGUGGACGUGUUCACCAAGGAGGCUCCCCACCAGCCCACCAUCGUCGGUGCUCUCCUAUACCGGGCAACGGAGGACAACCCCGAAUUCUUGGGCAGUGCGCCUGUGCCGCAGCUGGCCGCUCAGAUCUACAAGUCUGUGGGACCGAGUGGUCGCAAUGUGGAAUAUUUGUUGAACCUGGCGCAGGCCGUGCGCCAGAUGGGGGUGGAGGACGACCACCUCUUUGCCCUUGAACGCCAUGUAUUGGAAAUGGUGGCCCAGGAGAAGGCUGACACAGAAGAGCAGAUCCAACAAGUCAAUGGGUGA